UCCGUGCGCCCCAGGCGCGUGCACGCACGCAGGCAGCUGGCGAACUUCCCGCGCAUCCAUCCGGGCCAGCGCUUCUUUUUGGGGGCCAUUUUGGCUCUUCCAGAUCGGGGGAUGCAGCGACAACGACAACGACUGCGGCCUCCACGUUCGACAUCCUGCCGGAGUGAACUCUUUUUUUUUUUUUUGUGGAUGUGGAUGUGGAUCCCACCACUGAUGCACACCUCCUCCUCCUCCUCCUCCUCCUCCUCUCCUCCUCCUCCUCUUCCUUUCCGUCCUCCCCUCCCCUCCACCCCAUCGCCCUCUCCCUCCCUCCCCGGCCGCCCGCCCGCUCAUUUUUUAUGCAUUUUUCCUAACUGUCAUGGCGAUUUGGUGUCCUUGGAAAUAAGCAGCAGCAGCAGCAGCAGCAGCAAGCAGCGGCGGUUUUUCGCGCUCAACGGGCCGAGGGAGGUCGACGUCUCGCCGGACAGUGGGAGCGUCGCUGCGGCCGCCGGAGCAGAUGCAGUGACGACGCGGAAGAUGAAAAUUCACAAGAAGGACAAGCAGCAGCAGAUGUUGGGCGGCCUUCCGAAUCACACGUCGCCACCGCCGCAGUCCUCGGCGUCGUUGGCGUUGUCCGAGCAGAAGAGCGGCGCGCAGACUUCGCUUCCCGUGCUCCCCAGGGGUCACCUCCUGGUGGCCUCCAAGGACCAGCUCCGGCUCCUGGCCCCCGUGGGCGGCGUUUCCAACCACCGCAAGGCCCCCGCCGUGGCGGAGGCCGCCCCGCGGCCCCUCUCCUCCCCGAGCGAGGACGACGACGACGACGGUGGCGGUGGCGGUGGCGGAAGAGUUAGGAAGAAGCGCAAGAAAAAAGACAAACGGCAAAGGGCCGAAGAUGACGACAGGGCAGCCGCAGCCAAGAAGCGCAAGCAGGACAGGGAGGCGCUUCACCAUAAGAGGAAAGAGAGCAGCACCAGGGGGAAGGCCGACGUCGCCCCGGACGAUCGAACUGAGCUUAAGCAAGGUGCCAGGCGGAAAAACGCGUGUGCCGCCGCCACCGCCGCCGUGCCGCUCUCCUCAGAGGUGCCCGUGAAGGUGCCCGGAAAGCGGGGGAGGAAACCCAAGAUCAAAAUCUUACCUCCUCUCCCACAUCAUCAAGCCACACCUCCUCCUGCCUCAGGCCCUCCAAUCAGACAGCAAGCCCCACCUCCCAAGAACUUCAACCAGGGGGGCCUCAAGCCCACCGCCCACGCGGUGCCCAAGCAGAGGGGCCGCAAAUCCAGAGAUCCCGGCACCGCCCCGGUGGAGAGGAAGAAGAAGGCCAAGAGGAGAAAGCAGACGGCGGCACUUCCCGAGGGGGGGGAAAGCGAUGACACCGCCUCGCUGUCUGUCAACACGGGCGGGGAGGACAGCCAGGACCCACUGGAUCAAGCGAAGCGCCGCUCGGGCCGUCAGGUGAAGCGAAGGAAGUACAACGAAGAUUUGGACCUGAAGGUGGUGGACGACGACGGCGAGACCAUUGCCGUCUUGGGAGCGGGACGCAUCGCCGCUCUCAAUGCGACGGCGCUGGCCUGGCAAGCGGAGGAGCCUCCCGAAGAUGAGGCCAACAUCAUUGAGAAGAUCCUUUCCGUUCGGCCCCUCAAGAAGGAGACGUCGUCGUCGUCGUCAUCGGAGGAGCAGGCCGAGGAGAAGGAAGAGUUUUACGUCAAGUACCGAAACUUUUCCUAUCUGCACUGCAAGUGGGCCACACUGGGUGAGCUGGAGAAAGAUCCCAGAAUCCACCAGAAGAUCAAACGCUUCAGGACCAAGCGGGCGCAGAUGAAGCACCUCUUCACUGAGCCUGAUGAGGAUUUAUUUAAUCCCGACUACGUGGAGGUGGACAGGGUGCUGGAGGUGGCCGUUACCACGGACACGGAGACCGGAGAGGAGGUGACUCACUACCUGGUCAAGUGGUGCAGCUUAUCCUACGAGGAGGCCACCUGGGAGCUCCAGGAGGACUUGGACCCGGAGAAAAUCAAAGAGUUUGAGGAGAUCCAGAAGCUGCCGCCGGACCUGCGACACGUGGAGCGCCCCCUCCCUGACAAGUGGCAGAAGUUGGAGCGCUCCCGGGAUUAUCGCAACGGAAACCAGUUGAGGGAAUACCAGCUGGAGGGCAUGAACUGGUUGCUCUUCAACUGGUACAACAGGAAGAACUGCAUCCUGGCCGACGAGAUGGGCCUGGGCAAGACCAUCCAGUCCAUCACGUUCCUGUACGAGAUGUUCAGCAUGGGCAUCCGGGGGCCCUUCCUCAUCAUCGCGCCCCUGUCCACCAUCACCAACUGGGAGCGGGAGUUCCGCACGUGGACGCGGAUGAACGUCAUCGUGUAUCACGGCUCGCAGAUCAGCCGCCAGAUGAUCCUGCAGUACGAGAUGUUCCACCGCGACGCGCAGGGCAACGCGGUGCCGAGCGUGCUGAAGUUCCACGGGCUGAUCACCACCUUUGAGAUGGUGAUGGCGGACUGCCCCGAGCUGAAGAAGAUGCAUUGGCGCUGCGUGGUCAUCGACGAGGCGCACCGCCUCAAGAACCGCAACUGCAAGCUGCUGGAGGGACUCAAGCUCAUGAACCUGGAACACAAAGUCCUGCUGACGGGAACGCCACUCCAGAACUCGGUGGAGGAGUUGUUCAGCCUGCUCAACUUCCUGGAGCCGCUGCAGUUCCCCUCGGAGAGCGCCUUCCUCGACGAGUUUGGGGACCUGAAAACGGAGGAGCAGGUGAAGAAGCUUCAGGCCAUCUUGAAGCCCAUGAUGCUGAGGAGGCUGAAGGACGACGUGGAGAAGAACCUGGCCCCCAAAGAGGAGACCAUCAUUGAAGUGGAGCUGACCAACAUGCAGAAGAAAUACUACCGGGCCAUCUUGGAGAAGAACUUCUCCUUCCUGUCCAAAGGAGCCAACCAGCACAACAUGCCCAACCUCAUCAACACCAUGAUGGAGUUGCGCAAGUGCUGCAACCACCCUUACCUGAUCACGGGAGCCGAGGAGAAGAUCCUGGAGAGCUUCCGAAAGAGUCACGGCCCGGACGCGCCCGACCUGCACCUGCAGGCCAUGAUCCAGGCGGCCGGCAAGCUGGUCCUCAUCGACAAGCUGCUUCCCAAACUGCUCAGUGGAGGACACAAGGUUUUGGUCUUCUCGCAGAUGGUCCGCUGCCUUGACAUACUGGAGGACUACCUCAUUCAGAGGCGUUACACGUAUGAGCGCAUCGACGGCCGCGUCCGCGGUAACCUUCGACAGGCGGCCAUCGACCGCUUCUGCAAGCCGGACUCGGACCGCUUCGUCUUCCUGCUGUGCACCCGCGCGGGCGGCCUGGGCAUCAACCUGACUGCCGCUGACACCUGCAUCAUCUUCGACUCGGAUUGGAACCCGCAGAACGACCUGCAGGCCCAGGCGCGCUGCCACCGCAUCGGGCAGAGCAAAGCGGUCAAAGUCUACCGGCUGGUCACCAGAAACUCGUAUGAACGGGAGAUGUUCGACAAAGCCAGUCUCAAGCUGGGCCUGGACAAAGCCGUGCUGCAGGACAUCAACCGCAAAGGCGGGCUCAACGGGGUGCAGCAGCUGUCCAAGUCUGAGUUGGAGGACUUGCUGAAGAAAGGCGCUUAUGGCGCGUUGAUGGACGAAGAGGACGAAGGUUCUAAGUUCUGCGAGGAGGACAUCGACCAGAUCCUGCAGAGACGUACGCGGACCAUCACCAUCCAGUCUGAGGGAAAGGGCUCCACUUUCGCUAAGGCCAGCUUCAUUUCGUCAGGAAACCGCACCGACAUCUCUCUGGAUGACCCCAACUUCUGGCAGAAGUGGGCUAAGAUCGCCGAAGUGGAGAUCGACUCAAAGUCGGAGAAGGAAUCCCUGGUGAUCGACACACCUCGCGUUCGGAAGCAGACGCGCCACUACAACUCGUUCGAGGACGACGAGCUGAUGGAGUUCUCGGAGCUGGACAGCGACUCCGAGGAGAAGCCGUGUCGCGGCCGCCGCCUGGCGGAGCGCAGCCGGCGCUACCUUCGGGCCGAGUGCUUCCGCGUGGAGAAGAACCUGCUCAUCUUUGGGUGGGGCCGCUGGAAGGACAUCCUCAACCACGGUCGCUUCAAGUGGCACCUGGCAGAGAGGGACAUGGAGGCCAUCUGCAGGGCUCUCCUGGUCUACUGUCUCAAGCACUACAAAGGUGAUGACAAGAUCAAGAGUUUCAUCUGGGACCUGAUCUCCCCCAACAAGGAGGGGCAGGACCAGGACCAGGAGCUGCUCAACCAUUUGGGUCUUUCAACUCCGGUUCCUCGCGGGCGGAAGGGCAACAAACUCAAGAGUCCGCUGAGCGUUCCUGAGUUGAAGAACGCCGAUUGGCUGGCCCACUGCAACCCCGAAGUGGUUCUGCAGGAUGACAGCUACAAGAAACACCUCAAACAACACUGCAACAAGGUUCUGCUGAGGGUGAGGAUGUUGUAUUAUCUGAAGGUGGAGGUUCUGGGUGAAGCAGCCAAUCAGGCUCUGGAGGGCACGGCCGCCAGUAAACUGGAUGUGUCGCUGCCCGACAUUGACUACAUCGAGAUUCCGGCGUCGUGGUGGGACGCCGAGGCAGACAAGUCUCUGCUUGUCGGCGUCCACAAGCACGGCUACGAGCGCUACCACGCCAUGCGCGCCGACGCUGACCUGUGCUUCCUGGAGAGGGUCGGCAUGCCCGAUGUCACCGGGGUCUCGGUCGAGCAGGGAGGAGGCGAGGCAUCCGCCGAAGUCGGCGACAGCGUUGCUGCCGUGAAAACAGAAGAAGUCGGCAAGAUCGCAAACACCAAAAGCGAAGAAGGAGACCUCGUCAGCAAGACGGGGGAGAUCCACUCGAGCGGCGACGCCUCCGACAAGCCCCACGGCGAUGGCGCGGUGCCAGAAUCCCACGUGGCCGCCGUCGCUGCCCAGGACGCUACUCUUGUCACAACCACGUUCGGCGGGGGUGCCGGAAGCGGCACCGGGGUGGCGGCCUUGCACGUGGUCCACGCGCGCCCCCUGUGGCCCGGCGGCCCGGCGCUGACGGCCCGCCUGCGCCGGCUCAUUGCCGCCUACCAGCGUUUCACGCUGCGUCGCGAGCCCCUCCUGCGACCCGACUUUCUGCUCCACGACAGCCUGGUGGGCCCGGGGGCGGCGGGGGCCAGCGGGGAGGGCGCCCCCUUCGUCCACCGUGCCGACGGAGCGCUGGCCUGGCAGCUCGGCGAGGAGUUGAGGCGCUGCUCCGUCACCCACGCCGAAUCGGAUGCUGUUUUUCUGGAGUGGCAGAGAAGGUGGACACGUCGAGAGCAAAUGGACUUCUACCGCACGGUGUCGUCCUUCGGCGUAGCCUUCGACCCCGACAGGAAGCUCUUUGACUGGGCGCAGUUCCGCGUGCUGGCGCGACUGGAGAGGAAGACGGACGACAGCCUGGAGCGCUACUUCAACUCCUUCGUCAGCAUGUGCCGCACCGCCUGCAAGCUGCCGCCCAGGAAGGAAGAAAAUCUGCCGUGUGCCGCCAUCGCCGUCGAGCCUCUGACGGAAGAGCGAGCCGCUCGGACCCUGUACCGCAUCGAACUUCUCCGCAAGAUCCGUGAGCAGGUCCUACGCCACCCACUGCUGUCGGCCCGCCUGCAACUGUGCCGGCCCUCGCUCUACCUCCCUGUGUGGUGGGAGACGGGCAAACACGACCGCGACCUCCUGGUGGGGGCGGCGAGGCACGGCCUGAGUCGCACCGACUUCUACAUCCUCAACGACCCCCAGCUCAGCUUCCUCGACGCCCACAGGAACUACGUCAGGGGACACCACGCCUCGCAUCUUCACAGGCUGCUGCCCCCCCACUCCUGCUUGUACGACCCGCCCCAGCCGCCGCUCUACCCCCAGCGUGGCCCCCAGCAGGCCGCACCUCCCUCAGCAGCUUCCUCUUCUCACCUCCACGCCGCUCCUGCGCCCCCGCUGGACGAGGCCCCCUCGCCGGGCCUGGGAAUAGCCUCGACUUCUCGGGGGGACUUCCUGGACUGCCCCCCGCUCGACGAAAGCCUGGCCGACCUGGACCCGAUGUCGGCGGAGGCGCUGCACGGGGUCAAGGCCUCCAAGGACCCCCUGAACGGCUUCCCCUUCAACUCCGCAGCGGGCGGUCAGAGCAUGCUCAACUCGUACGGCCAGCUGGGGGGCGCCGACUUGCGCUCCAAGCUGAGGAGCGACGUGUUGGUGGGUGAGCAGGGCUCGUCCGAGGAGACCGGCCUUCUGGCGCCGUCCGUGGAGCUGGAUCGGCUGCAGGCUCCCUGGGACGGAACGGACCACUCCAGCCCGGCUCACCACAUGUUCAACGAGUCGGACCCCAUCCUGGGGCCGACGGGCUUCCUGGAGGAAGAGGACGAGGAGGCGCCGCGGGGGGGCGAUGGCGGCGAGGGCGACGGGACCCUGGAGGAGUGUCUGGGCCUGCCGCCGUCAUCCUCCCCCUCUCAUCCCUCGGCCGCCGAUUCCGUGGAGUCGUCCAGCUUCAUGCUUUUCAAGGACAUCGGUGGUGUGAGCGAAGACGCCAGCGUGGACCAAAGCGACCUGGCGGCCAGCCCCCUGCCACCCUACAUCCCCCCGCACCCGCCGCUCUCUCCUCCCGACCUCACGGGCGACUCGUGCCCGUCGGGUUCUGCAGAGGAGGUCGGGGGUCAGCACGCGGGAGGGGGCCUCUUCAAGUUUCACGUCAAAGGCGAAGACGCUGCGGAAAACGACGACAACCUACUCGAGGACCAACGUAACUCGCAUGAAGACGUUGAUCCGCGUCUGCGUCUGCCUUUGGACUUGCCGCCCACGGGUGCCGCUGCGGCGCCGUCGUCAGCCUUGAGGGACCCGCAGGACGGAAUGGAGGUCCCCAACCAGCUGUGUCCAGACCUCAUGUGUCCCAUGGAGGAGGUGGACUCCUUGAUGUUUGCAGAAGAGGACGAGGAGGAGGAGGAGGAGGAGGAGGAGGAGGAGGAAGAGGAAGAGGAGCGGACGAGCGUAGCCGACCUGAUGGGCGAGGCUCCCGAAAGGCUCCUCAGGGGAGACGGACUCCGUAAUGGCCGCGAGCCCGGAGCGGACCUGUACGAUCUGCUCGAUGGCACCGUAGUGGAGUGCCGGGAAGACCCCGUUCUACCCUCAGAGGAGAAACCGGAGCUCCGCGUAAAGACCGAAGACCGGGACGCCCAGACGAGCGCUCUCAAGUCCGAAGAUGCCGCCAAUAAAUCGGAAGGAGCAAAUUCCAAAUGCGAAGGCUUCCACGUGAAACCAGACGUUUUCCAGCUGACGGCCGACGAGACCAAGCCUGAGGGUCUGGAUUUGAGUGGCGUUAAAAGCGAGAGCGGGCAGGACUUUGUGGAGGCCAAACUGGAGCAGGGAGAGAACGCCGGGGAGCUGAAAGGACAGCCCGGGGGGGAGGGGGAGGGGGAGGAGGAUGAGGAGGAGGAGACGACACCCUCCUCGCAAGCGGAGGACUUUUCCGGGAGUCCCGGGUUCACGACUCCUUUCUCCGUUUGCCACGAGGCCCCCGAAAUCCUGGAUGCGCGAGAGCCCACCAUUGCCCAUCUCCUCCAGGAGAAAGCGCUUUACUCCUACUCUGACUGGCCCAAGGACCGUGUGAUCAUCAACCGGCUGGACAGCAUCUGCCACGCCAUCCUGAAGGGCAAGUGGCCCUCGUCCAGCGACCAGUACGACCCGCCGGCCUCCGUCGGCGCCAACCACUCGGCCCAGCAACACCUCCAGCGGAGCGCCUGCCUCCCGAGCACCCCGAGCGCCUCCUCGUCCUCGUCCUCGUCCUCGUCCAGCCAGGCCAGGAUCCAGCAGGCCACCCCGAGCCUGGCCUUCCCCAUCAUAGCGCCUCCUCUCAGCAGGCUGCCCAAGCACGCCGGGCGAGGCGGCGGCCGCGGGGCAUGGCGCCUCACUUCCCUCCCUCUCUUACAGGAGAGACUGGUGGCGCCGCCCUUUCUCCCCGAUCUCAAGCGCUCUGCGGGGCGACGCCCCUUCGACUACGAAGCGGCGGCUAAGGUGUUAGCGGGGAAGGCGGCGGCGGCGUCCUCGGGCAGGACGUCCGUCGGGGACGUGGCGGCCAAUCAGCGCGCCGGCGCCCUGUUGGUGAACGGUUGGCAGGAGGCGGCCAUGGACCUCAGCAAGUCGCCGGGCGACUCGCUCGCCUCCGGGUCGGGGGACGGCACCCGCAAGCUGCCCCGGCCCCCGCCCAUUACGGCCCCCCUGGACAUGGCGGGAAUCCUGCAGGCCGGUCUCAUCCAUCCUGUGACGGGACAAAUUGUCAAUGGAAGUCUGAGGGGGGACGACUCCCUGAGGAGGAGGCGAGGGCGGAGGAGAAACGUCGGCUCGCUUUAUUCGGAAUUCACCAAAGCUCAAGCCGUGCACCUCCCUGAUACCACGCAGUCACAAGUCCCGGUCCGCAAAGAACUUCCACAGCGUCAAAGGGACGUCAUAGUUGAAAGGCAUCAGUCGGGGGAAGGGUACAAAAGGAUUUCCAAGGCAUUAAAUGUUCCGUGGAGCACAGUGAAGGCCGUUAUCAUCAAGUGGCGAAAAUUUGGCACCACCGAGACGUUGCCGAGAAGCGGACGUCCGUCCAAAACGGACGAAAGGGUCCGAAGUGCCGUCGAGGAGGUUGCGACAUUGAAGGAGCUGCAGGGAUUUCUGGGUCGCGCGGAGGCUCCGUCGUCGGUGUCGUCGUCCACGUCGUCGCCGUCUCCCUCCUCCUCCGAGCGUCCACUCGCCCCCCCUACGCCGUCGUCCGCGUCGACACCCGCGCCCGCUGCGCCCCACCCUGAGGUGGCGGCCAUGGAGCGGGAGGCGGCUGGCAAAGGUUUGAUGGAGUGGCUGCGACAUAAACCGGGAUACAGCUUGGACCUUCCUUUCGCUCAUGUGGGGGCGGGGGUUCUGCACGGCCUGGUGGAGCGGCCCAAGCAGCGGCGCCAUCGCUGCAAAGAUCCCACCAAGCUGGACGUCAACGCCUUGACGGGCGACGAGCGUGUGCCCGUCGUGCAUCGCGCCACCGGACGCAGGCUGGGUGGCGCUAUGGCUCCAGCCAUCAAGGAGCUCUCCCGCUGGUUGGACGCCAACUUGGAAUACUUUGUGGCUCCGGACUGGGCGGACGUGGUCAAACAUUCCGGUUUCCUCCCGGAAGGAAAGUUCUCCCGCAUCCUGACGGAACCGGUCAGCAGAGACCCCUCGUCGCGCCGCCGCGGCCGCCGCCCCCGCAGCGAGAUGCCCAAGCCCCUCCUGUCGGACGGCGCGGGCCUGCCGCCGCCCGUCUUCAUGAACGGCGCCCUGGUGGCCGGCGUCGACUCCGUGGUGGCCAUGCAGAACUUCCGCACGGGAAUACCGGGGAUCCCCAUCUCCGGCGUCGUCACGGCGGGCUUCCCGCACGUUUACCCGGCGGGCGUCGGCGGGGCUUCGCCAGACGACGCCAAGAACGGCUUGAGCGUGUUACCCAUGAUGCUCCACGGCGUGCCGCCGUCCGCCCACGGGGCCGCCGUCCCGCAGCACGCCCUGUUCAGCGUGGGCGCCGUCAUGCCGCUGCACGCCGGCUCGUCGGGGCCGGCCGCCGACGCCGGCGCGACCGAGGCGGGCGGCGCCGCGGCGCCCGAGGCCGCUCCCCCUUCCGGGGGCCAGAGUACGAGCGAGCCGCAUCCCGACGGGCGUCUGACUUUCAACCCCUUCCUGAUACCCGGCGUGUCUCACGGCCUCCUUUACCCGCACAUGUUCCUGCCGCACGGUGGCAUCAUGACGCUGCCCGCGGUGCCGCCGGGCGCCUCCGCUCACGACGGCUCUCCGACGAGCCCCAAGCGGAGGCGGCGGCGAGAGCGCGACGAGCCGGAGCGGGAACACGAGUGUCCGGAGCCGGAACGCCGGGAGCCCGAGUUGCACGAGGAGCGGCGCCGGAAGGAUUCGGAACGGCGGGAGGAGUCGCAGCAGGAUCCGGAACGUCGCCGCGAGGCCGAUGUGUGCCAAAGUACAGUGGACCCGUCCUUUUCGGCGUCCUCCUCGCAGGAAGUGGACUGCCGGCGGCAGCCAGAGGCGCGAGCGGAACCAGAACCAGAACGGGAGGAGCAGGAAGCGUAAAAAGGCUGAAGGAGGAAGGAAGGAAGGAAGGAAGGAAGGAAACAGUCGAGUGUAAAGUUUGUGCCCGUGUCUUUCUGUCUGUCUGUCAGUCAGUCGUCCCACUUGAAAUCUUCUUCUUCUUCUUCUGACAGUGAUUAAUGAUGACAUCAGAUGUUUAUAUCGCGGACCCUCCACAACCGCCCCCCACCGCGCGCACACAUUAAAAAAAAAAAAAAAAGUUUUUAUUUUAUUUUUUUUUUUUUUGUUGUUCAGCGCCUGCGAGGUGUCCUCAUUCAAGAUGGCACUUUUCCACUUGACCUUUUGAACUUUGACCCCUGACGACAAAAGCAAAGCAGAGAACAAUCAUGACGCACACGUUGUUAGCAUUUUUUUUUUUUUUAUUUUUAUUUUGGGACCGAGAGAAUCGUGAAGCUUUUGAAAACGCACACAACCGUCACUUUCAUACUGGCAAGUGGUCGAGCCACACUCAAAAGAAAUCAAACAAACAAAAAAAACAAUACUACAAUAAAGUUGCUUCAUUACAAAAUAAAGACGUUUAUUUUUUUCUUGAAGUCAUCAAAUUGUAUUUAAGAGGGGAAGUGAGGAAGAAGGGCGUCACAUUUCAACAUUCCAACUUUUUGUUGUGUACUAAUACAAUAAAACAACCUGAUUCCUCGGGGAAUUUUCUUGUAAUUGCUAAUAAUUUCACUUUUCUUUUUCUUUUAGUGAUAUAAUUUUUUGGGAUUAUUAUUUCUCUUGAAGCAAUAUUUUGUGUAAGAUUACAACUUUUUUUUUUUACCUUAAAUAUAACAUUUUUCAUAACAAAAUAGAAAUACAACUGAUAUUGUGAUGAUUUCCUCCCCCAAACAGCUUUAAUUUUGUCAAGUACAAUUUUAUCAAAGAAGGAAAAUAAUUCAGAAAUUGUAAUUAUUAUUUUUCUUUGAUGUGCUUUUUUUCUACUGCGCAUCAUUUGUUUUUAAUAGCACAUUGCUCUCUUUUAUACCCGUGAAAGUUUGAGCCACUCUCAAAAGAAAAUGAUCAGAUAAUAAAAUCUGAAAAAAUACCAAAUUUGGAUAAGAUCACAAAAUAAUUGAUUUUCAAAUCCAAUAAAUUAGAGGUUCGAGAGAAUGUGCUAAUUCUAGCCCAAAUAUGACUUUCAAAUAGAAGAAAAUUUGUCAAAUUAUUUGUUCAUCUUAAAAUCGUAUUUUGAAAAUACGUCUUCAUUGCAAAGUAGUUCUUUUUGGUCUCUAAAAUGUUUGACUUGAGUUGUAAAACGGUCUGCGUAAUCACUUAAGAAUAAGACUUAAUAAUAAUAUUUAAAAAAACAUGCUUGAAAUGUAAGUAUUGAACUCUUCAUCCUGGGUUUGAAAAAGUCAGAUUUGACUCUGUUCUUGUAAUUAUAACAAGUUUAUUACUGCGUGAACGACCCCAUGAACCCCCCCCCCCUCCCCGUCCCAAUUUCUCACUUCUUUUGAGUGUGUGGCUCUCUCACUCUAGUUGUGCUUUUUCAUUCGUGCCUCCAGGGGGCAGCAAGAGAUCCGUUUUCACGUUCCGUUGCUUUUCCUCGGGUCGAUCCGGGCAUGAUAACUUCCUGGGCACUUUGACCUUCCGGUCAAUCUGCCGAUGACACUUUAUUUGUUUGUUUUUUUUUUUAAGAUCAGAGGCAAAGAAUGAUAUUCUUUGGGCUUUUACUUGAAAUGAGAAUACAAACCAAAUUUCAAAAUCGUCUCAAUGCGGUGAUGCCCACCUUUCCAUUUUUUGGGGUUAGUGCACUGCACUACUACAUGCGCAAGGAAAUGCAAUAUUGAAUUCAAACAUUGAAAUACAAAGAAAUUAAACAUUUAAGACGCCUGAGCAGAAAAAACAAACUGGAUUUCAAAACAUUCACCGACAUGAUGUGGACUUUGAAGGGAACCCUAAAAUGGCCGCUUCAAGUCAAAAUGGCCGAAAUCGUGUCAUGACCAACAACGUUUAUUAGUUGUGACUUUCCCGGGUCCCACGGCAAACUUUUUGGGAGCUGUUGGUGUACACGUGUACGUGUUAUGUUCUGUAUAGUGUACAGUAAUCACCCCCCCCCCUCCCCCAAGGUGCCGGAGCCGUGCCGCUGACACUGCAAAACAGCGUCUUUCUGGUUCCUCAAAAUGGCAUCGCAGCACUACUUUUCCAUUGGUCUGCUUUAAAUUGCACUCCUUUCAUAGCUCCUGGACACCGUGUUGCCACAAGAAGGCGCCAAGCGCACUACUUUUGUACAAGCUGAGGCUUGAGGCCCGAUGGACUUUUCCGACUGGCGAUCUUAAGAUCCCCCCCAGCCAUGUCCCACAAGCUUCCAAAAUGGCGACCGAACAGAACAGGAUUGAAGUGGCUUGCGUCAAACUCGUCCAAGAGAGUUCUACAGACAGGUGUCAACUAUACGGACACGGAAUUGAGAUUUUGGACGGAGCGGGACAGCCAAACGUUGACAAUCGAUCCCAAAACGUUUGAAGGCCUCACAAAGUUCGUAUUGAAAUCCAACAGGAUCAAACAGUGGAAUCGGACUGCGCGUGUAAAGCAGGGUGAGUACUUUUUACUUGGAAAGAUCAGAUUGUGCUCUUUAGAAGUCAGUCAGGUUGGAUUUUCUACAUUUAAAUGGUAACGAACUCAGUCAGUAGCGUAGUCACCAGAUGGAAAAAAAGUUUGACUCGGCCCGGUAACGGAACCAACCCAGUGCUCCGUCUUCACAGUCCGAUGCCAUACAAACGGGCAAAUGGACAUUUCCCUUGCGUGACGUGACGCGUUAACGCACCACUAACCCGACUCUUCGCCAUAAAACGUGACACACUUUGUUCGGCAGAUCAGUGAUACGCUAACAAAGUGAAAGUUGUUCUCCUGCAAUGCAAAAAGCACUGAUAAUGAUUCACUCAAAGUCAGAGAAGAUAUUUCUCCCUCACUAACCUCGUGUUUGUUGAUAAGAUCCACAUUUAAUUGUACGUGCGCUCUUCCGCGAGGCUUCAUCCAUCGUAGACGCUCGCUCGACUGUCUUUUAGUACUUUGGAAAAUGAAUCAAGCGGGCCCCUCGUGUAACCUAGCGGGAUGUCUUUCAUCAGAAUUGCAUCCGAGGACCAUUUUCUUCGGAACAUGAACUUUUCCAGGCGCACGCUGGCGGCAGGUCGGAAAGGUCCAUUCAGGUGAUUUCAGGAGACAAACGGUGGUUAGGUUCAACAACAACAACAACAAACAACAACAAAAUCCCAAAUUGUGAAUCCAUCUCCGCACAGAGGCAGUGCUGUAUAUUUGCUUCUCUUCUUUUUGUUGUUUUUUGUUUUCUUUCUUCCUUUUGGCCGACGUGCGAACGGGAAGCCGCGCACGCCGAGGUGAGGCAGCCAAGCGCAACAGGGUCAUUUUUCUUUUUUGUUUUUGUUCAAUGACAAAUAUUUUUUCCACAAAGUCAACGUCGCGCACGUGCGUGCGGGAAGAUGACGGAAAACAAACACUCCAGAAACGUUGCCUUGCCGCAACUAGUUGUUGUGGCGCCAUAUAAUUGAUUUUUUAUUGUUAAUAUGAACAUUUUCGCUUUGGCCAAAUAUUCUUUGGUCUCGUUCAUCCAAGUAAAAUAAA